AUGUCACUCAUUAGAGAAGCCAAAGUGGCUGUUAUUACCGGUACAACCUCCAACCUUGGGUUGAAUGUGGCUUAUCGUCUCCUUGAAGAUGUUCCUGCUGAAGAAAACUUGACUAUUGUUGUCACAUCAAGAACCUUGCCAAAAGUGAACGAUGCCAUCCGACUUUUGAAGACCUACGCCGAGAAGAAGAACUUGAGAAAAGGAGUCUUGGAGUUCGAUUACCUUCUUCUCGACUUCACAAACAUGGUAUCAGUUUUAUCUGCCUACCAUGAAUUAUCCAAGAGAUACACACAUAUCGAUUACUUCAUCGCCAAUGCUGCCCAAGGAGUUUACAGUGGUAUCCACUGGCCACUGGUGGCAUAUUACUUAGUAACAGACUUCGACAUCGCCGUCAAGGCAGCACCAUAUAGAAUCCAGAGAACUGGGGUAAAGUCUGCUGAUGGCUUGGGAUUGGUUUUCCAAGCUAAUGUAUUUGGUCCAUAUUAUCUUGUUUCGAAGUUGACGAAAUUAUUGAAGGGCGGCAAGGUGAUAUGGGUGUCAUCAGUAUUAGCAGAGCCCAAGUCUUUAUCGUUUGACGAUCUUCAGUUGGUCAAGUCAGAUAUUCCUUACGAGGGUUCCAAGAGAUUAUUGGAUUUGAUGUUCAUGGGUUCCUACAAGAAAUUUUCCAAGCAAGGAGUGUAUCACAACUUGGUCCAACCGGGAAUUUUCACUUCGUUCGGAUUCUAUGAGUACUUGAACUUCUUCACCUACUUCGGGAUGUUGAUGUCAUUCUAUCUUGCCAGACUUAUUUAUUCUGAAUGUCACAAUGUGUCUGGUUACAAUGCUGCCAACGCCUUGGUUACCAGUGCGUUGAACGACGAGCCUCAAGACAAAAAAAUUGGCCUGGCAAGCUCUAGGUUUGGACGCGAGUACAUCGUGAGGGACGAAGUUGAUGCCACCGGAGCCGAGGACGUAGCGGCCUAUUUGGAUAAGUUGGUGGAUGAGUGGGAUGAGAAUUUCAAGGAUCAAAUCGUCAAUAGCAGGCAGAUGUGA